GCACCAGCCAGCCAGAGUUCCAGGCUGUUUUGGGUAGCGCUGGCAGCCCGCCUCAGAAUCAGAAGGAAGCGUCCAAGAAGGAUGCGAAGAAGGAGGCAGCCCCCAAGAAGGAGGCCGCCGCCCCGAAGAAGGAAGCUGCCGCCAAGAAGGACGCAGCACCCAAGAAGGAGAAGGAGGCUGCACCCAAGAAAGAGGCGGCUCCGAAGAAGGAGUCCGGCAAGAAGGACGACAAGAAAAAGGAAAAGGAUGGAAGCAAGGAGAAGGAAGAGGAGAAGGAGAAGGAGCUGACACCGGAGGAGCUUGAGAAACUGAAGAAGGACAAGCUCAAGAAGGUCAUCAAGGAAGGUGGCAAGCGUGGUGUGGAGAUCGAAGGAGCUGCAGACAUGGGCGGCCUCCAGUUCUUCUGCACUUCCGUGGAACAGCCCGAGGGCGACCUCGAUCUGACCUUGAAGUGUGUGGAAGCCAUGAAUGCCAAGAGCGAUCCAAGCGAGGAGGAGCGGAAAGGCGGAUCUGGACACAUCGGCAAGAUGGUGUUCUCCGUCGGGCUGGAACACCUGGCCGUCGUUGCGUACGUUCCCACUGAGAAGACCAAAGAGCUCAAUUGCGAGGAGUGGCUGGCGCACGUGCUGGGCACACAAGGUGGAGAGGUGGUCACCAAGGGCAAGGAGCUGUGCACUGGCAAAGUUAAGACCAAUGCAGACAAGGGCAUCUUCCCUCUGAAGAUCCGGGAGCCCAUGAUCCUGGAGGCCAACAACUACUUGCGCCGGAAAGGCUUGUUCCCAGAGGACAACGAUGACGAUGAUGACGAGUGCGUUUUCGGCGACGACGACUUCCCUGCCUGA